AUGUGUCGCUUCUGUGUUUGCCGAGUUCAGAAGCUACACACCUGCUCCACGAGAAACGGAGACUACCGACACUACCGGGACCCCCAAGGCGACAAACGCUCAUCAUCUGGCAGGUCUUCCUCUCGACCCUCGAACUACCGCAGUGAGGCUGACCCUCCUCCCAGACAUGUGCGGCAGGGCCCCAGAGCCGAGCACCGGGACUCCACUUGCACCCACAUCUGCUCCAGGAGGGGCAUCGUGCUGAUCUGUGCCGUGUUGACCAACGCCCUGGUCCUGAUAUGUGUGGUGGCAGCUUGGAUGGUGACAUCAGGCAUGUCCGCACGGGGCGGGAUGACGAGCUACGACAUCAACACCGACUUUAACCUGCAGGGCACUGAGUUGCAGCAGGUGCGAGACCUGGAUAUGCAGUAUAGUCAGAUGAGGGCACCGGCGAUCUACGGGGGCAUCACCUUCAGCCUGACGUUCGGGGUUGUUUCAGUGUUGUUUGUGGUCAUUGGUAACAAACCCGCUCACAUGAUGCCCCUGAGGAUUCUAGUCGGAGCUCUGGUGUUUCAGGCAGUGGGCGCAGUGAUGUACGUGGUGGCUGUGGGUCUCUACCUGCACUUCAUCAUCGGGGUCAACGCCACAGAUGUGUGCAAACAGAGAGAGAGGUUGUACAUGCGUAAUGGCUACACCUGGAUGACCUGUAAUGUGGGCGGGGGGGAUGCGGCAGUGGCUCUGUUCGGACUCAUCACUGCUAUCCUGUACAUCGCCGGCACUGUGAUCACCUUCCAGACCAUCCGGUAUGUGAAGCAGUACGUGGAGCAGAGAAAACGCAGAGAGGCUGGGAGAGAGCUGGCCCGAUCCGAGCAGCAGAGGGCCCCAAUGAGGGCUGAGACCAUAACUGUGUGAGGGGUAAGACAGGGACAGACAUUUAGAUGCUUGUAUCAUUAAGCCUGACUAGUGGGUUAACCAGCUGUCUGUGUGCUUGACUCAGGUUUAGGUGGCUUACUUUAAACCAGAGUAAGUCAUGAUGGUGACAGCCUAUAGUGCAUGGCCCACCUGUUCCCAACAUGGACAAACUGCAUUUACCCUGCGGUGAAUCAGCACCGCACAACCAUGUGUCCACACUGGGAUGGAAACAGGACUUCUAAUGGAGUUUAUCAUACUAAAGAAUGAUGAUUAUAGCUGCCUAUUAACUACAGUAAAUUUAUUUUUCUUUUACUUUUUCUAUCACUGUAAAUAAGGAUGCCAUGGGUUUCUAACUAAUAAAGUUUUUCUUUUAAGACUCGGUGGAAUAACUGAAAGCAAGUUCUACCCACUGUCAUCAUUUAUCAGGAAAAAUAUCUGUGCGCUGUAUUGUGAGUGUAUAUGUUGGAGUUGACUGUGUGCACUCAGACAGGGAUUAGUUUUUUAACUUGUAUAAUGGUUUAAUAGUUUUUACAUCAGGGUUUGACCUCUAAUGAAAAGUUUUAGAUAUUUAAACUAAACUGUACAGCUGUUUUUGAAAGUUUUAUCUAUUCAUAUUAAACCACUACAUUUACAGUAUAUAAUUUUGUCAUUCUGAUUGUCCAUGCUGUGAAACUAUUGUUGGUCUGUCCUGUAUACAGAUCUGACUUGACAUUGUGAUAGUAAUUGAGAUGGCUUUUCACUACGUGCAAUGAUGCAAACAGCCUCCAGGGGGCACCAGAACUCUGUACAGCCGCUCUGCUGUUGCUCUGUCCCCUCCAGACGCUUCUUGCCAGCCAAGACAUCACUGCUGUGUCCCGUCUCUGCUGUCCCACAACGGGCCACACAUGCACAAAGGACACAGUCGUGAUGUAACGGUUGGUUUGUUCUGACAAGAUUUAAUUACUAACAAAGGAAAUUCUCCAGAGCGAAGUAAUUCAGGUUCUAAUUUUAUCAUUUGAGAAAACAAUGCAGUCAUUGUAUCACAGCGUGACAUUAGCUGAGAGAAAUGAGUUUGUUGCUUGUUGUGUAGUUCUUGACCUCGUUCAUUUUGUUCUUUG